UACAGCAGAUACAGGAGUGUCAAUUGAUUGUUUGUUCUUGAAGUCAUGUCCUGCACCUAGGAACCCUCACAGAACCUUCACACGGCAUUCAUUCCACCUGGCAGAAGCACUCGGACAGGAAAAGAUGUCUGGAGAUAUCUUUUCCCCUUUGGAUAAUCUCUAUGACCUGGAGAGUGCCAACUGCCAUCCUCUGGUGUGCCACUUGUGCCAAGAACAGUAUGAGCAUCCAUGUCUACUGGACUGUUACCAUACAUUCUGUGUCAGCUGCCUGCGUGGAAGGGCCGUGGACAGCCGACUGACUUGCCCUCUCUGUGGACAUCAGUCUGUUGUGAAAGGAAUAAAUGCACUUCCCCCAGAGGAUCGACUCCUGAAGUUCUUGGUGGACAGUUCAGCAGACAGUGAGGAAACUGUGCAGUGUGCCAACUGUGAUUUGGAGUGCAAGAAACAGGAUGUGGAUGCAAUGUAUUAUUGCAACACUUGUUGCCAGCCACUGUGUCAAGACUGCAGGGAAACCACCCACAAAGCCAAGAUGUUUUCCUGCCACGAGAUUGUCUCCUUGGCAAAGCGCACCAAAGAAGCCCACAAAAAAUGUGCCCUCCAUGAGGAACUCUACAUCAUGUUUUCAACGGAGAAAAAGUCCAUGCUCUGCAUCAACUGCUUCAGAGACAUGCAAGUGGAGAGCAGAGCACACUGCAUUGAUAUUGAGACAGCAUAUAUACAAGGCUGUGAAAAAUUGGACCAAGCCGUCUUAGCUGUUAAGGAGCUUCAGACGUCAGCGCGAGAAGCCAUUACUCUGCUCAAAGCCAUGAUUGGAGAGGUCAGGGCCAACGUGGAUGAAGAAGAGAGCUUCAUCUCCACUCUGUUCAAUAAUAUGCAGGAAAGACUAGCAGAAAGAAAAAAGGUUCUACUCAAGGCAGCACGAAGUCAGCAUGAGGAGAAGGAGAGAGCCUUCAAAGAGCAGUUAUCUCAUCUUGCAGCGCUCCUGCCAACUCUCCAGGUUCAUCUUGUCACUUCGGCCUUCCUAAGCUCAGCGAAUAAGUUUGAGUUCUUGGACAUGGGAUAUCAGUUAAUGGAGAGACUAAAGAAGAUUGUGAAACUACCACACAGACUGAGACCAGCACAGAGCAGUAAGAUAAACACAGAGUAUCGCUCCGAGUUCGCUCGCUGCCUGGAGCCACUCUUGCUGUUGGGGCAGCGACGUUCAGUGUCCACUACAGGGAGUGUGGCUUUAGGUCUGGGAAACGCCAGUGGACUCAUGCAAUCAUAUCUGUCAGUGCAGUGUCACUCUCCAGCCAUGAGUGACAUGUCACUGUGUUCCUCGGUGGUGCGCAGGCCGACUUCACACCGUUACAUCAGCACCAAGGUCCUGCUGGCGGAGGGUGGAGAGACGCCAUUUAUGGAGCACUGCUGCAACUACGAGAACAGCUACAGGACUUUACAGACAGAAAUCCAGAAGCUCAAAGACCAGGUGCAGGAGAUUCACAGAGACCUGACAAAGCACCAUUCACUCAGCAAACCUGACACCAUGAAUGAGAUUUUGGAGAGGUCUGUUCAGGUGGACAGACAGAUGUCAUCAGAGUACUCCUCAGUCGAGCUCAUGCGGGCCAUGUUCGAGGAGAUUUGGGAGGAGACAUUACAAAGGGUGGCAAAUGAACAGGAGAUUUAUGAAGCACAACUUCAUGACCUCCUUCAGUUAAAACAGGAGAACUCCUUUUUGACCACUAUUUCCAGACAAAUAGGCCCCUACAUUGGCUCCAUAGCAAAAGUGAAAGAGCGUCUCGAGCCCAGGUACUGGAGAUGUCUCAUUAAUGAGCUGUCCUGUAACACGGAGGACAACUGGACUCUAAACAGCCUAUCAGAAGAGACCGAUCCCAAGAACAAGGAUUACUACAGGCCAAACAAGCAGAAGAACACCACUGAUACAGCCAAUCGCAAAGAGAUACCAAUGUGAAACUGCUUUUAUG